AUGAGUUCGAAAAAAGAUAUUCGUUUUAUGAAAAUUCCUUACACUAUUGGCAGUUACCUAGCCGUAACUCCGGAUUACGAUUUUGAAAAUAAACUCAUAAAACGGCCUUCAAUUCACAAAAUUUACGCAUUUUUGCUUGUGAGUGUAAUAAUUGUAUCAUGUUUGACAUCUAUUGAUAAUUCUUCAUCCCAACUCAAGAAAACACCGACUUUUUUCAUCCUCGAUUUAAUAAAUACAUUUUUUUUAUUUUCACAUCCGGUCAUGAUGAUUUUAAGUUCCCUUUUCAAUAGUUCAUUUUGGUCAAAAAUGAACAAAAAUUUUCAAUUAAUCGACGAACAUUUCAACAAUGUACACAAAAAGGAGUCGAAUUUUUUGAGAAAUUGUUACUUUCAAUUCUUUUUAUGCCUUUGCGGCUACAUGUUUAAUAAUUUAUUCGUUACAAUAACUUGUCUCAAAUUUUUUCCGGAAAUUGUGCUUUCAAAAAUUCAUGUUAUGAGCCAAAUUUGCUACACUUAUGAAUUUUUUACGUGUUUUUUAAUUUGUUAUUUAACAACAGCCUUCAAAUGUCGGUUUGAUGAAAUUAGUAGACAAUUACUAAACCGUUUAAAACCAUCGACAACUUUUAUUAGACAAACGAGUCAUUUUUGGAGAAUUCUCUCAGAGAGUGUAAUUUAUUUCAAUAAAAUUUUCGGAUGGCCUUUGAUUUUUUUUAUCGGAAGGGGAGUGAUGCAAUUACUACAGAGUCUCUAUUUAACAAUGUUGGCCCUGAAUUCGAAUUUCACUUUAAAGAACGAUGCAAUUGCGGAUUUGGUAAUCAUCAAUUUGUUUAUUUUCACUUAUAUGACAGUUUGCAUGGUUUUUGUUAUUAUGACAUGCGAUUCUGCUGCUUCUUCUUGUAAAAAAAUAUCCAGUGUGUGUUACAAACUACAAGAGGAUUUCGAUGAUAAUUCGAGAGAAAGAAGAGAAUUGAUUUUGUUUGCGAAAGAAAUUUUAGAUAAUCCGGUUAAAUUCACAGCGUCUGAUUUUUUCGAAAUCAACAGAAGCACGUUUUUUGGGAUUAUUAGUGUUACUACUACUUAUUUAAUUAUUCUAAUUCAGUUUAACACUUAA